GAGGAGGGAUAGGGUUGACUUACGACCUUGCUUCUGGUAAUCGGUGUCUCAGUCUCUGAACCCUGGUAAAGACGCGGAGAGACAAGAGAAUUGAAGAAAUGGGUAAACAAGAGAAGGAGCGAUUGAAUCAGAUACUAAUCCACCACCUCAACUCCAUCCAUGAAACCUUCCAGGUUUUGGAUCAAUCUCCUCCAUCUUCACUUGAGAAAGUAAGCUGGGAUGACGUCGUCAAAAUGGGACAACAGCUCUAUAAACAGGCCACUACGGUUGGAAUGCUUUGGAGUGGAGAAGGUCCGGAUGCGAAGUCACUUGAGGAGAGCAUGGGGGCAUAUUCUAAUUUGCUACAGGGCUUCCUUUUGCUUUCACAUGGAAGUAUGAUCGGUGCAGGAACUACACUUUCUUCUUGCAUCCAUGCAUCCGUUAAGCAGGUUAUAGAUUGCAGCUUUAUGUUGUUGAAGGAGUCGGUUGCUUCCUAUGGAAACAGCAGUAAAGCACAUAAACUCUCGAUUCCGCAGAUCGUAGGCACUGUUUGGGAGGCGUGUUCCGCUCUUAAGAAGACCCCUGGGACAAACAUUACUGCCAUAGGCCGAGCAAUGACUCAAAUAGCCGUGUCCGUAAAAGAUGUCCACCGUGAGAUGAAGGAACUUAAGCCCGCUUCCUCCGACCCAUCCGUCGAGAUUUCCGACAAGGUUCCAAAACCUGAAAACGAUACCCACGACAGCGACAACUCAUCCGACGAAGAAUUAGGCAGUGACUUGUCACCCGAAGAGAUGAAAGUCACUGAAUUGGCCAUUGACGUCGUGUCUGAAACCCUUUCAACAAUCAAAGAAAUUAUUCGCUCAAUCACGGGUCUACUCAAGAAUGCUCAAACUCCAACCGAGAGUAACCAAAUGGUGGAUUCUUUGGAGAGAUUAUUGACCAGCUGUCGAAACAUGGGAUUGCAGAUAGAUGAGAUUGGAGCUUGUCUUUACCCUCCUCAGGAAGUUUCCGCCAUUAAAACCGCUUCGGAGAAAAUGAUGAGCUUCGUUGGUGAAAUGCAGGUAGAACUGGAAAACAUCAAGGGAUCAUCGGACGCUUUUGUUCAUGCGAGUAACGGUUUAAUGAGUUCUUUGAGGCAGCUGGAGUCUGGAUUAGGCUGCUCUUCUGAUGAUGAACUUGCGAGUGAAAUGAAGAACCUUGAUGUUGACGGUUAGACAUAGAUUCAUCCAUCUGGUAUUAAACGGAGUCUUUUGAACCGAAGUUCAUAUGUUCAAUUUUUUUUUUAAAUACCGUGGAUGUUGAGGCUAACUUGCUGAUGAAUGUAUUACUAUAGAAGUUUUGGGAUGAAAAGGUCAUGUUGAUUUCAAGUUAUAUACCUGUUUUUGUUUAAUCUUGUAGUUGCAAUAUAGCAUUUAUCAUGCUG